AUGACAACUGACGAGGCUAAGUUUCCUACAGGUUCUGCUGUUGAAUGGAAACUCCUGGAGAAGGAUGUUGAGUUUAUAGAAGGUGGCGUGUCUGGAUUUGCUUUUAACGAGUCGUUACAGCCGUGCGAAUCGUUAGAGAAGAAAGCUACCAGUAAACUUCAAACUGUCCCCAUUUUGGAUUGGGAGUUAAGGUUUGGUGAUUUUAGUUCUUCAAAAGGGUUCAAACAAGUUUCCGUUUCGUUGAAAUUUGAGCGUAAUGAGGAAGACGAUAAGACAUGGAUCCAUUUUUAUCACGAUUCUUGGUUUUUAGGGAAAUGGAAUUGUACUGAAUGGAGCCCCCAGUUCAAGCAAGUGAUAGAAUGUUGUGAAGUGAAAGCGAAGGAAGUAGAGACAUGGCAUGAGCUUGUUCGGGCUGCUGAAGAACAAGAGAAACAGGAAUCACUUGCGAAGAAAAGUAGGAAGAAGAGAAGAAAAGUGACCCCUCGUGAUCCAACCUCCUACCGUUACAAAGAUCUCAAAUUACAUCCGCUAGUAAUGUUAAUUGAUUCAUCUGGUAACUGGAUGGUUAAAAUUCAAUUUUCUCUAUUCUGCACUAUCAACGAUGCUAAUUCUUUUGGCAUGGAAACGAAUAAGUUAUUGGGUGAUCUCUUUCUUGAGAAAGAUCCGCAGUACAUUUGCAAUGGUGGAGAGUUUGCACCAGGCCGAGCUAAGGAACCUUUUGAUUCCUUAGUGGUUAGUUACUCAAAGAAGGCGUUGCGGAAAGAUGUUGUUAUUGCGGUGCCAAAAGCUCUUGACGUGACAUUGAUGCCAUUUCAAAUGGAAUCGAUAGAUUGGAUGCUAAGGAAAGAGGGGUUUUACGAUGAACCCUUAGAAAGAAUCACAACAAGAGAACAACUCAUGUUUUUCUUAAAUGAGCAUAUCUCGUAUGGCUAUGAAUAUAUGCCCAUUAAUGAUAGUUUUUGGAAUAAGCUUACUGGUUACAUUCUGCCAAUGGAGGAGGCAUGGAAAAUAUAUGAGGAAUGGUUCUCUGACCCUUCCAGUGGGAAAAAGGCUAGAGGUGUACUUGCUGAUGAGAUGGGUCUAGGGAAAACUAUCGAAAUUCUGACUUUGAUCUCUACUAAUGUACGGAAUCUAUCAAAUGAGUCAAGCAGUUUCGUUUCUCCAAUAAAUGAAAAAGAGGUUAGAAGAGUUAAAACGAACCUAAUUGUCUGUCCAGAAAGUAUCUUGCAACAAUGGAUUGACGAAAUUGAUCUGCAUAUCAACAAAAAAGUGUCGGACUUCAAAGUGUUUCAUUAUGAGGGCUUCGAAAAGACAAGAAAUAAAUUCAACACUGAUUCACCGGCAGAAAUAGUAGAAUUGAUGUCUCAAUACGAUGUUGUGAUAUGUUCAUACUAUACGAUGUCUGCAGAAGUUCACUAUGCUGAGUUUAGCAAAAUACAAAGACCUAGUAGAGACUCUACUAGACGAUACGAUUACACUUCUCCAUUAUCUAUUAUGGAAUUCCAUAGGGUCAUUUUGGAUGAGGCACAGCUACUUGGAGGCGGUAUGACCAAUGCCUCACGCUGUACAAGUCUAAUCCACAGGGUUCAUACUUGGGGGGUGUCAGGUACCCCUGUGGAGUGGUAUUUCCAUAUUCGUGAUAUUUUUGUUUACCUACAGAUCCAUCCAUUCCAGGUUUUAGACCAGAAUGUGGUUAACGCUGUCUGCACUUCCAAUGCCUUUCAUCGUGCCAACUAUGCAGAAAAUCCUGAAAACUACACUCACCUCGGCCAUGUAAUUCCUGAUGAAAAUUGGAAUGGUGUCCGAGGAUGUAAGUUUGAACCUGAAGAGAUUAUGGAUAUCUUUCCUAAGUUCAACCUAGCUAUAAGACAUCGAAAGAAAGAUGUCCAAGAUCAAAUCAAGAUUCCUCCGCAAAUUAAUUACAUGGUUCCCGUUGAAUUCAACCCUAUUGAACAAGACAAUUAUGCACAUAUGUGGAAUUCAUUUUUGGCAGAUUCAGGAUACGAUCCUAGAGGAAACGGAGCAGUAAAUAUUGAUCGGAUGGAACUUUCUAGAUGGCUCAAUAGGCUUAGGAUGAUUUGCUGUCACGCAUCACUACUAAAGGAUGACAUUUCUGAUUUUAAUUAUCAUCCAUGGAGAGAAAAUGAUGAGCUCAAGGACAUGGAUGCAAUCUUAGCUACGAUGAAGGAUGAAGUACUGGAUAGAAUCCACACCUUACAAAGGGAAAACUACUCUUUGCAACUUGAAUCCGGCCAGGUGAAGAUGGAAAUUGAUGAGGAUUUUGAAGAUGCUGCCAAUAUUUUCCAGAAGAACAUCAAGGAUAUAACUGAUGAUUUAAAGAAUGUUUAUGGCAUACAUGAUUUCUUGAAACUUAAUAAUGAAAACUCUUCCAUGAGCUCUGUAAAGGACGCGAAUAAUAUUCGUCUAUUGUUACAAUCCUUACACCAAGCAUAUUUCUUUUUGGCAACGUCAUAUUAUCAACUUGGCUCUAAGAAGUUGGAAGACAUAGAUGCUGAAAAUGAAGCUGAAGUUAACAAGGUGAGCUCGCCCAAAAAGAACAAUAAUACAAAUAACAACAAGAACAAGAACAAGAAAAAUCCAGCCAAAGAAAAUGACCCAAAACAGUAUAGUGAUAUAUUCACAGUGGACCAGCUGGCUACAAUUAACAAGUUCCAAGAGCUGGAAAAAGAGAACUAUGAAAUUGCUGAAAAACUAAGAAGGGAAAUGUUGCACGAACGAAUCUUUGAUGUUGACGCUGAGAUUAACAAGGUCCGUGAUUGGUUAAUGAACAAAAAGGUGGUCCGCAAAAUGCUUCUUGAUUCUAUUGUAUCAAACAAAAGCAAUUUUGGUAAUGUUCUUGGUGAAACCUUAGGAUUCCGAAAAAUAUCAACACUUUUCCACAUCUUGAAUCAGCAAAGCAAACAGUUUAACAGACUGAUAAAGGAUUUAGAAGUGAUGUCAUAUAACACUAUCGUAAAGGAUUACGAAAAUGUUGAAGAUGCUGAAAAGUCGAAGGAGUAUGAGAAAUCCGUCGACGAACAAGAUAAGGUGUUUUCUCUGCUAGAUGUAUUAGAGAGACUCUUGAAGAAUCGUGACGAUGCAGUUGCCAGUGAAACUUCACUAGAACCCUUUAAGCCAGAAGUUGCGAUUGCAGAAGUUGAUUCCAAGUUUCAUGAAGAGUUAUUGAAGAGCAUAGUAUUUUGCGAUGGCUCGUCGUUAAAAAUGUUAUUAAAUGAAGCAGAAAACGACAAGCCUAUGAAAAAUUAUCUAUCUUCGAGUAAGCUUGCUCAUCACAACAUACAAGAGUUCAUCAAUUGUUAUGAAAUGGAGAUCACCAGAGUGAUGAGAGAAAACCAAGAAUUACGGAACAUUUUGAAAAAGUUUAAUGAUAUCUAUAAUGCCAAGACCAAUUAUUACAGUUAUUUGCAAAGAAUUUCUGACUCCUUGGUGCCUCUAUCGGAACUAAAUGCUACUACGAGAAAUAAUAUCAUCAAGAAAGUGACUAGGGGCCACGAUUAUGACGACAAUUGCAAAGUAAUAAACAAUUUAGAAUCCAGGGUAAGAUAUUUGGACACUUUAGGUCAGUUGAAGACUGCUAUCGCCAACGGUGAAAAUAUCUCUUGUGCAGUUUGUUAUUCCGACAUUUACACUGGUUCUAUCUUGAAAUGUGGACAUUUCUUCUGUAAGGACUGUGUUACUCACUGGUUUAAAAAGAACACUUCAUGUCCAAUGUGCAAAAACAGAAUGUCAAGUUCCGAAGUGUAUCACUUCAAGUUCCGUGAAGAAGAAUUGAAGGAAGAAGAUGAUACUGAUAACCCAGAGCAAGUGACGAAGGACGACGAUCAAACUAAUUCCAGCAGUGAUGGGAACGACACCACACAUGAGGAGGAUACCGAGGCUGUAAUUACUAGGAAAUAUACUAAAUUCCCACGUUUAACAGAAGUUGAUAAGGUAAUGUUGGAUAACACAUGGGGUGCCAAGGUAGACCAAGUGAUGAAAUUGAUAUUGUAUAUAAAACAGCAACAUUUGGAGAAAGAACCGCAUAAGAAGAACCCUCAAAUCGUGAUUUUUUCCUCGCACUCUGCAUUUUUGAGUAUUCUCUCCACACUAUUGACCGCUCAUAACGUGACUCACGCAAGGCCACUGAGAAACACCAAAUUUGCUAAAGCUGUUGAUACCUUCAGAAAAGACCCCAACUGCACAUGUUUGCUAUUGAAUGUACACAGUCAGUCCACAGGAUUAACGUUGGUGAAUGCAAGACAUUUGAUUCUUUUGGAACCAAUAAUGGAUUCAUCGACAGAAGCUCAAGCUAUUUCCCGUAUCCAUCGUAUUGGUCAAAAAGACGUUACUUACGUAUGGAAUUUCAUGGUAAGAAAUACUGUCGAAGAGAGUAUAAUGAAGUACAAAGCCGUACUUGAGGGGAAGAAGAAGAAAAAGACGGAAGAGUUACGCGCAUCGGGAUCCAAGAUAUCUGUAGAAGAAGCAGAACAGGAAAUAGAGAGGAACUUCUCAAUGGAUAAUAUAACUGAAGACGAUUCUGAAGGAAAGACUCAUCUCUGGCAUUGUUUAUUCGAAAAUUGUAUAUAA